AUGGCCCGGCCUCUGUGUACCCUGCUGCUCCUGCUGGCCACCCUGGCUGGGGCCUUGGCCUCGAGCCCCGAGGAGGAGGAUAGAAUAAUCGUGGGUGGCAUCCAUGACGCAGACCUCAAUGAUGAGUGGGUACAGCGUGCCCUUCACUUCGCCAUCAGCGAGUACAACAAGGCCACUGAAGAUGAGUAUUACAGACGCCCGCUGCGGGUACUGAGAGCCAGGCAGCAGACUGUGGGCGGGACGAAUUACUUCUUCGAUGUAGAGGUGGGCCGAACCAUAUGUACCAAGUCCCAGCUCAACUUGGACACCUGUGCCUUCCAUGAACAACCAGAACUGCAGAAGAAACAGCUAUGCUCUUUCGAGAUUAACGAAGUUCCCUGGGAGAACAGAAGGUCCCUGGAGGAUACCAGGUGUCAAGAAGCCUAGGGAUCUGUGACAACCACCUACUCCCAUCCCCCUGUAGUGUUCCC